AUGUUUUCCGUUUUGUCAGAAAAAGCACUUUUUUGCUCUUUGAUUUUGUUAGUGUGCCACUUUGCAAUCUCGUGCAAAGCCAACCAACAAGGGGAAUAUCUCAACAAGCUUAUUCAAUCAAAGAGGUUUCAACAAAAGGAUAUUUAUUCACAUGAAGAAGCUAACAAUUUAAGUGAUUUUGGUGAUGAAUAUGUUGUUUCACAUGAACACGAUGUUGAACAAGAAUUAAGAUUGAAGGAAGCUGAUAAGGUGAAAGCUUUGCCUGGUCAACCAAAAGGGGUGGAUUUUGAUCAAUUUGCAGGCUAUAUAUCUGUUGAUGCAAAAGAGAAACGAAAACUUUUCUACUAUUUUGUGGAAUCAACUUUGAAUUCUUCUACAAAACCUCUUGUUCUAUGGCUCAAUGGAGGACCUGGAUGCUCUUCAUUUGGGUAUGGAGCCAUGCAAGAAAUAGGACCUUUUAGAAUCAACCGUGAUUCAAAAACACUUUCCCUUAAUAAAUAUGCAUGGACCAAAGUGGCAAAUGUUCUCUUCUUAGAGUCUCCAGCAGGAGUUGGAUUUUCUUAUUCAGAAAACUCUUCAGAUCUUAAAGUUGGUGACAAAAGAACUGCCAUAGAUUCAUACAUUUUUCUUCAAAAUUGGCUCAAGAGAUUUCCACAACAUAGCUCUCGCGAUUUCUUUAUAGUUGGUGAAAGUUAUGCUGGUCAUUAUGUCCCUCAACUAGCAUCUUUAAUCCAAUCAGAAAAUAAAAAAAAUCGCAAUGUGAUCAAUUUAAAGGGAAUUGCGGUUGGAAAUGGUUGGAUAGAUGACAAUUUAGGUAAAAUAGGUAUGUAUGAUAAUUUCUGGAUGCAUGCUCUAAACUCGGAUGAAACCCACAAAGGAAUUGAAAAAUAUUGUCAGUUUAAGAACUCCGACGUGUCAAAGGAAUGCCAUGGAUAUUUACAAAAAGCCAUUAAUGAGAUUGGAAAUAUUGACUUGUAUAACAUAUAUGCUCCACUUUGUACAAACACUAGUCACUUUGAAAAUGGUUUUGAUCCUUGUGCCGAUACUACUACGGCUAACUACUUAAAUCUACCUCAAGUUCAAGAGGCUCUACAUGUUAAAGCCACAGAAUGGUUUUCUUGCAAUGGGAAAAUAUAUUGGACUGAUAGUGCAACAAGUAUUCUACCAACUAUAAAUGAGUUAAGGUCAAGUGGUAUAAGCAUUUGGAUAUACAGUGGUGAUGUAGAUGGUAUUGUUCCCACAACUUCAUCAAGGUAUUCAAUAAAUUCUUUGAACCUAUCGGUACAUACGCCAUGGCGUCCAUGGUAUUCAGAAAAAGAGGUGGGAGGAUAUUUGAUUGGUUACGAAGGACUUACACUUAUCACAGUUAGAGGAGCUGGGCACAUGGUUCCGAGUAACCAACCACAAAGGGCACUAACUAUGAUCUCAUCUUUCCUUCAAGGAAUACUUCCUCCCUAAAAAUUUCAAUUAAAUAUAUUCCUUGUAUCCACAUAGUUUAUGUGGAAAUUUGAUAUGAAAUUCAUAAAUAAUAAUUCAUUACAAUAAUUGA